AUGGCCUCCUCCACCGGCAUCCUGAGCCUCUCCAACGAGCUGCUGCGCGACAUCCUCGACCACAUCGAGGCAGACCCGGAGAAGCAGGUCACCGUCGACCGCCGCUCGUACCUGUCACAGGAGAGCUUCAAGCCGCCCCCGCCACCCGCGCCCAACCAGGCGCAGGACAUCGGUGCCUUCCGCCUCACGUGUAAGAGGUUUUCCGAGUUGGGUGCCGUGUGCCAGUUUGCCCGUGUCACCACCCGCUUCUCCCGCAAGGGCUUCCGCCGGCUGGAGAACAUCGCCGCCCGCCCGCACCUGUCCCGACAUGUCAAGAAAUUCAGUUACAUGGUGCCGUACUUCUACGUAGAGGGACGCGAGCGUAUCCACCAGCUGCUGCCCGGCCUGCAGGACAGCCUGGGCGUCUCGGACGUGCGCCACUUUGUGCGGAAGAUCAACGAGCAGAAAGAGAUUGUGAGCUCGGGUGAGGACGAACAGGCCCUCAAGCACGCACUGGCUGCCUUCACCUCGCUACAGCAUGUCCAAAUCCUGCGCGUACAGGACCAAGAAACGGCAAAUCUGCUGUCCUAUAUCCGCCAGCACGAGCAUCUGAAUCAGCUCGUCGAGCUGAGAUGGGCCCCGGCCUGUUCACAUAGCGCCAAAACCCUCGGCGCCGCGCUGCUCGAGUCCCGCUCGCCGUGCUCCCGCUUCUCCUCGCCCAUGCUCAGCCCUCAGAGUGCAAUAGUUCUGGCAUCACAUCCCCCCAAGGCUUUCACCGCGCUAGCAGAGAGGCUUACGUGUUUAGAACUCCACUUCGAUGACGGCACCGACUUGGACAACAAGAUGAGAGAGCUCUCGGACCUGUUCAAACUCGUCUUCAACGCCGCCAAAAACAUGCAGGCGGUCCACGUUGGCUUCCCCUCGCACCGGCCUCUCAGCCUAAGGCUGGAAGAAAUAUUCCACAACGUCCGUUGGGACAAGCUCCUGGCGUUCGGCAUCCAGGCGUGGCGACUGGACGCGGAUGAGAUCAUCGCCCUGGCGCAGCGGCAUCGGGACAGGCUAAAGGGCCUGCGGCUCAGGGAUGUUUUGCUAAAGGAUGGCAGCAUGUGGAAAGAUGUGCUAGCGUUUUUGCGCGACGACAUGAUUCGGCUGGAUUGGGUGAGCUUGCGGCGCAUAGGCUACGCGAAGCACUUUGACGAGCAAUGGGCGGUAGCUGGAGCCGAGGUCCCGGACGAUCCGCCAGGCGGGGCCAGCGAAAGUGACGACGAAAGUGACUGGGAUCCCCACGCCACAGCCGAGCAGGACGAUUCGGAGGUGUCACUGGAGGACAUGUCAGAUUCCUCUUCGGAUCACGACCACUCGGACGACGAUAACGGGCCGGAAGAGGAGGGCAUGGAUUUUCCGAUGAUCUCACCCGACACGCCGUCGUCGGUACCAUGGUGCAAUUGCGGGAGGAAUUCGUUCUUGGAGAGCCCAGAAGCGCUAGGUGAUAAUGGACUUUUCGUAUCCAACGCACAACGGAAGAUAUGGGAGAAAUGGGUCGUGAGAAGGUGCCCAGAACACAGUCAACGAUGA